GCUUGAACAAAAGAGGCGUUUGUUUUCCAUGCGUGGUCCCUUGUCAAGUUGUUGUCUAGCCCGUUCUUUUGCUCCUGUUAUCGUCGCUUGAACCACGCGAGGCCGGCUUCCAGCCCAAGUCCUACAACAUAUUGGCAAUAAUGGAACGAACAACACGGCCAUGUCCUUAUCCUCAUGUCACAAAUGUAAGGCGCUACCGAAGCAAAGAGACAACCAUGUUGACGGCUUCGUGCCUAUGCCAACCUCGCAGCAUGUGGGGGAUUGCGGAUGGCUUGAGAUAAAGCAACAGAAAAACGAGCACUUGCACAACCUUCCUGUCAGCACCUCAUGUCCGAUCCCUUGGAUGGAAAAGAAGCUGCAAGCAAGGAGCUUUUGCCACAUUCGAUUUGACAGCGGUUCCGCAAAGUGAGAAUUUGAACGAUCGGCGAUGCUCUGAACCCUGAUAGCUGGGAUCUGGGCUCUAGUCUCGCACAUAACAUGUGCAGAAAAUACAUCACCAAAGCUGUGAUCUCCCUGGUUCAUUGGCUGAGAUGGACUGGGUCGGCUUCUAUGGAGAUUCGACCGGCAGCUACCGAAGAGUUACCUAUGAGCUGCUACGGAACUCUGCCCGAACUGCUCUAUCGCUACCAUAUUCGCUUUGCUACGCCGAGAAAACAAAUCCCGGUCUCACAUUGCAGAGGGAAGCGAUAUCGUAAAGCGACAUUGAUACCAGAUCAUAGGAAAUCGCCCCCUAGCAAACCCCCCCAACCAUGGAAAAAGUCAGCCAGCCCGGCAUCACGGCUAUUGAGCCAGACCAGCCGGUGCGUUGACAGAAGGCGAUGCCGAUACCGUCAUGAGCGAAACCACCCACUGCUCUUUUCUUCUUUCGUUUGCUUCCACAUCGCCCCUCUCUCAUCAAUAUAUCCUCACUUCGCGCUGCUGUCCUCAGACACUUCACUUUCAUUCUCUAUAUUAGCUGACGGAGGAUUAUAGUAAUCUCUUACAACUCACACCUCACCUACUUUUGGGCAAGUGCGAGGAAGCUAUCAUCAUCGACACUCGUCACUGAUUCGGCAAGGAUCUGCUAUCAUAAUGGCAGGCUCGCACUUCCCUCUACGGCCUCUGCCUCCUUCAAGGAAUCCUUCGGGUACGCCAUCAGACUACCCUCUACUUCGACCCCUACCUCCUUCGAGGAAUCCUUCUGCUACACCAUCAGACCACCCUCUACCACGACCUCUACCUCCUUCUCGGAAUCCUUCUGCUACGCCAUCAGACGUCUCUUCACUACGACCUUUACCUCCUUUGAGAAUUCCUUCUUCUACACCGUCAGGUUUCCCUUCGCCUCUCAACUCACCACUACGUUCCAAUUUUCAACAUGGACCCACCAGUGGUGUCGACACUCUUCCGUCCGCGGGACUCCAAGGCUCCGAGUCUUUCUACAAUCAGAACGCAACAGGCAGUGCUUUGUCCGUGGCUUCAGGUCAGACAGGGGUGUCCGCGCCGGUGGCAUAUGCCGAUGAGUUCCGGUUCAAGAUAAUGAUCCAGUACCUCACAUGGUACCCGCCAACGUCAAGAAGUUUCAGUACGCUUGCUUGGUCCGACAAGAAGGCAUCCUACUCGUGUGGCACGAUGAUCUGCUGCAAAUCGUGCCCACCGCGGCCCGGAUCGAGGAGAAGCUACUAGCCAUGGUUUGGGGAACAGGUCAACUGCCCUUCGGGCGUCUGCAAGUCCCAUCGCGACCAGGCUCUAUUCUCUCCACAAACACCUCCAUUUACAAGACGGAAAAGCCUUUGACCCCGGGGCUAGGUAACAUGAACAUGGGCGCCCUCCCCAACGACAGCGCCGAACAGCUCGAGAAGGAUGAGUCCGUAGACGCCAAGGAGUCGCUCCAGCGGCCCGUUCAGCGCACCAGCGCCUUCUUUGUCGGCAUGGCCAUGUGCCUGGGCAUCGUCCUUCUCUGUGGCACCUACAUUCAGAAGCUGCUGAUUGAGUGCGUCAUCGACGGGACGUAUACGCGUCUGGCGCUAAUUGUUUGCGUACCGUUCUUGCUGUGCGUCAGUCUGUUCUUCUUCCAGGUCAUCUUUUCGAACUUUUUCCAGAUUUUUGGCCCAAUCGGCGGGCAGCAUACCAACUCCAGGUUCUACUCGUGCAUCAAGCCGAGUCUGAGAAGGGCGUAUAUGGACGGGUUCGCGGCGCCGCACAUCACAAUCCAGAUGCCGGUUUACAAGGAGGGCAUGGAGAGUGUCAUUAUUCCGACUGUCCGGAGUUUGCAGGCGGCUAUUUCGUUUUAUGAGAGUCAUGGUGGCUCCGCAUCGAUCUUUGUCAACGAUGACGGCCUCCGCGUCGUCUCCGAAGAGGAAGCCCAGAAGCGCAUCGAGUUUUACCACGACAACAAUAUCGGUUGGGUCGCCCGCCCCAAGCACGGUGACGACGGCUUCGUCCGCAAGGGCAAGUUCAAGAAGGCCUCCAACAUGAACUUUGCCCUUAACAUUUCCCAAAAGGUCGAGAAGUACCUUCAGGAAAUGGCGGAUGCCAAGUUUGCUGCCGAAGGUACCGACCUUAUCGACCAGCAGGAGGAAGAGGAGAUGUACGAGGCUGCGCUUGCAAGAGUCCUCGAGGAGAACCCGCUUGCUCAGGCGGCUGGUAACAUCAGGAUGGGCGAGUACAUCUUGAUUGUUGACUCUGACACCCGUGUGCCCGUCGACUGUCUCCUCUACGGCGCCGCCGAAUUGUUCCUCUCCCCUGAAGUCGCCAUCGUCCAACACUCCACCGGCGUGAUGCAAGUCUCGUGGGAUUACUUCGAGAAUGGCAUCACCUUCUUUACCAACCUCGUCUACACAGCCAUUCGGUUUUCCAUCGGAUCAGGUGAAGUCGCUCCCUUUGUGGGCCACAACGCUUUCCUCCGCUGGCAAGCCGUCCAAGACGUCGGCGUCCCUGAACCCAACGACUACACGGCCUACUGGUCCGAAUCGCAUGUGUCCGAAGACUUCGACAUCGCUUUACGUCUCCAAAUCAAGGGUUCCAUCGUGCGCAUCGCCUCCUACCACGGCACGCAAUUCCAAGAGGGCGUCUCCCUAACGAUCUACGACGAGAUCGCCCGAUGGCAAAAAUACGCUUACGGCGUGUCGGAAAUGAUCUUCCACCCUUUCCACCGAUGGAUCUUCAAGGGCCCCUUCACCCCUCUUUUCUACACUUAUUUGGGCAGCAACAUCAUGUACUCGUCCAAGAUUUCCAUCUUCGCUUACAUGUGUUCGUACUUUGCCCUCGCCUCGGCCCUCAUGCUCACGCUGCUCAACUACUUCCUCGUGGGCUGGUUCAUCGACACCCUCGACCACGCGUACAUGUCCUCCUGGGAAGUCUUCAUUUCGCUGGUGGUCGUGUUCAACGUCAUGGGCCACAUUGCCCUGGCCGCCCUCCGCUACCGCACCGGCGACCGCGGCCUCCUUUCCAGUUUGUGCGAAAACUUCAAGUGGACGCCCAUGAUGACCAUUUUCUUUGGCGGACUCUCCUUCCACGUCACCACGGCUUUGCUUGCCCAUCUUUUCCACAUCGACAUGCAGUGGGGCGCCACAAGCAAGGAAAAAGAAAACUCAAACUUCUUUCAGGAGAUUCCCAAGAUCCUCAAGACGUUCAAGUGGAUGUACGUGUUUGUCAUUCUGGUCGCGGCUGGCAUGAUCUACCUGGGCAAUUGGGCGCCCAAGGGCUGGGAGAUUAAGGAUUUCUCAGCCAUUGUGCCGUUGGCGAUCAAUUUGAUCAGUCAUGCUUUGACUCCGUUGGUGUUGAAUCCCAGUUUGAUGGUUUUCAACUAUUAAUGUAAAGGUUGGUCAGUCGUCACAGAAAGAGAAGAUGGAGGGAGCUGGUGGGAAGGUGUGGUCGGGACAAGAGAAACAAGAGAAGAGUAUCUUACGUGUGUGUAUUGUGCGUGUGUUAUUUCUUCGCCCAUCGGUCUUUUCCUUUCCUUCUUCUUCUUUUUCCCCUUGACUUGUCUAUAUAAGCGGCAGAAAGGUCGCGGAGGAUGAACACAGGGAGGGCCAUUUAGAUAUUCUUUUGUGCUUAUGCUUGUAGAUUACUUACUGAUUUGGAUGGAGGAAAGGUUUCAUAUCUGUCAAGUCACACUUAGAUCGUCUAUAUGAAUUGGGAUGGGAGUAAUUGGAUAUAGUUAAUGCCUUCGACUACAAAUGUAACUUCAUCAACGCC